UGUGGGAAUUCCGUACUGACGCCGUGUGACGUCACACAUCAGCAUUGUAAAGUGUUUCGGUUGCAAUAACGACGCAAUAAUUACGCUUUCACGGGGCGCGUGCGGUUUCCAGUGGUGUGUGUGCGCGUGUGUGUAUUGGGGGGGUGGGGUGGUGAUGAACUGCGGGGCUCGGUGCUCGUGCGGAGCUGCGGCGGGGCUUUUGGCUGCGCGAGCUCUCUCUGCGUUUCCGCUCGGCCCCUCCCUCUCUCCCUCCGUGUCUCCGCGCGCGCCUCCCUGCUCGAGUCUCGGGGAACCGCGGCGGCCUGCAGGAAAAAAAAAAAUCUACAGACUACAACAAAGACGGAGGCCGCAGUCUGCUCACCUAUAAACGGUUCAGAGGAAAGGAACAGAGGAGGAUCUCCUGCAUGAGUGAGUGUGUCCUGCAUGGAUAGCGGUGUGUUAUUGGGACGCCCAUGUGCUGAAGAACGACAGUUUUGUAGGGAGGCCAAUGAGGAUUAAGGACGAUGGAUGAUGCUGUGACGAGACUCGCUCUCCGUUCCCAAGAGCCGAAGAUCAUCUUGCACGGCUCCGAUGAUGGAGGGAUGUGCGGGGAGGAGUACGUGGUGGAGCUGCAGGAGACGGUCCUGCUCUCGGACGGAGAGAACGACGGAGAGAACGACGGUGUGGCCGUGCGGAGUUUCUCCUCCGACGAGCUCGUCAUCCAGGACGCUGUGGAGGAUGUGGUCGCCGAGGACGAUGAGGGCGUCGCCGUGGAGACGUGUGUGAUGUCACUGGAGGGUGAGGAAGACGAGGAGGAUGGAGUGACGGUGGCGGAGGAAGAGCUGGUGGAGGAGAGAGAGAACGAGCUGCACUCCUCUGGAGAUUACCUCAUGAUCUCCUUGGAUGAGGAUGGGAAGAUGGUGUCUGCUGACGGAGAGGAAGUGACGGUGGAAGGCGCGUUGGAUGAUCAGGAAGUGGAGAAAGACGAGGACGGACAGGAAGUCAUUAAAGUUUACAUCUUUAAAGCUGACUCUGGGGAUGACGAGCUCGGUGAAGGGGACUCGGACUCGGUGUGUAAGCCCCUGAGGGAGAAGAUGCUCUACAUGUCGGUGAGCGACGGCCAUCACACUCACACUGAUGGAGGCUCUAAGCUCUCUGAUGAGGUGUAUAUGGAGGUGGUGGUUGGGGGCGAGGAGCCGGUGUGCAACGACCGACCAUACGAGAGCAAAGACUUCAUGCCUGUGAACUGGACGGCUGCUUAUGAUGACUCGGAGUGCUGUGAGAACAGGAACGGUGCAGCGAGUGCGGUUCUGCACAUUGACGAGUCGGAAAUGCCACACACACUCAAACAACAACACGGCAAAACACACAGACGGGCCGAGCACAGGCAGGUGCAGACAGCGAUUAUUAUCGGGCCGUACGGUCAGCCCCUCACGGUGUACCCCUGCGUCCUGUGUGGGAAGAAGUUUAAAUCUCGGGGUUUCCUGAAGCGUCACACUCGGAACCACCACCAGGACGUCCUGAGCCGUAAGAAGUACCAGUGCACCGACUGCGACUUCACCACCAACAAGAAGUCCAGCUUCCACAGUCACAUGGAGGAGCACACACAGCACACACAGCACACACAGCACACACAGCACACACAGCACACACACACACUCGGCACCAAGGCUCAGUUUGAGUCCGAAACUCUGAAAGAUUUCCACCAGCAGGCGCCGCUCUUCUCCAAUCGCCUCCAACCGCAGCAGAAAACAAAGAUGGCUGCCGUUCCUGCUAAGAAGACACACAAGUGCAAGUUCUGCGAGUAUGAGACGGCGGAGCAGGGCCUGUUAAACCGCCACCUGCUGGCCGUGCACAGUAAAAACUUCCCUCACGUGUGUGUCGAGUGUGGAAAGAGCUUCAGGCAUCCGUCCGAGCUACGCAAGCACACGCGCACGCACACGGGCGAGAAGCCAUACUCCUGCACGCACUGCAGCUACAAAUCUGCCGAUUCGUCCAACCUGAAGACGCACAUGAAGACCAAACACAGCCGCGAGGACGAGGACGAGGAGACGGCAGCGGUUUCGGAGCCGCACACGGAGCAGGUCACGGAAACCGUCGCAGAGACCACGCAGGACCACGACCCUGAUCAUGAUCACGACGAAGACGACGACAACGAUGAGGCUCGAGGUCACCGGUGCGACCUGUGUGAUCAUCGCAGCUCCAAUUCCAGCGAUCUGAAGCGUCACGUCAUCUCCGUCCACACGAAAGACUAUCCUCACAAGUGCGACGUCUGCGGUAAGGGGUUCCAUCGACCCUCGGAGCUCAAAAAGCACGGCGUGUCCCACAGGGCCAAGCGGCCGCACCAGUGUCGCCACUGCAGCUUUAAGACUGCCGAUCCGUUUGUGCUGAGUCGACACAUUUUAUCCGUUCACACUAAAGAACCGCAGCAACAGGAAACGCAACAAAAUGCAAUCGAACAACAACCGGCGCCUUCGUUACAGACGCAGGAGCGAAGCCCGCCCAAGAAGACCAUCGGGGCGGCGCAGCUCGCUCUGGGCGGAGCUCCCAUCAUUAAAAAGGUGAUAGGUGCCAAGGGACCAAGGGAACGACGUGUGUAUCAGUGUCAGUACUGCGACUACAGCACCGGAGACGCCUCGGGAUUCAAACGCCACGUCAUUUCCAUCCACACCAAGGAUUAUCCACAUCGCUGCCAGUUCUGCUCCAAGGGCUUCCGGAGACCGUCGGAGAAAAACCAACACAUCAUGCGCCAUCACAAAGACAUGAUACCGAGUGAGUGAUUCAGUGAGUCAGAGAGUGAGUGAUUCAGUGAGUCAGAGAGUGAGUGAUUCAGUGAGUCAGAGAGUGAGUGAUUCAGUGAGUCAGAGAGUGAAUGAUUCAGUGAGUCAGUAAGGGAAUGAGCACUUCCCCCUUCAUCACAGACUUCCUCUUCCUCACUCCGCCUCCAUGAGCACACAGCAAAAUUGACUCAUUAGUGACAUCACCAAGUCACAUGACUUCCACGGAUAAGAGGGAGGCCUUUCAUCUUUGUGUGUGUGUGUGUGUGUGUGUGUGUGUGUGUGCCAUUUUUAGAAUCACAGUUUACAAUAUUAUCACCAUGUCGAUUCGCACCACAGUCACCUCGUAUGUGAACAGAAUUAUGGGAUGUCCGAGCCAGGUCACUUCCUUCCAGAUAUUUUAAAGUGUCCAAGAUAAUAUAGUGCAAGUUAAAUAAUGUGUUCUACAGAUGUGUUCUCACGCCCAUCAAGAAAACGUCAUCGUGGAUAGUUCAAUCCUCAACAGCAGUCUCUGAUUUCUUCUGGAAAAAAAAAAUUAUUAUUAUUAUUUAGAUGUUUUUAUCUUAAUCAGUUUUCAGACUGAACGUGAAUUACAGUUCACUUUAAUAUGAAAAAUAGUGCUAAUUUGAUGAACUUUAACCCUGCAAGUUUACUGUAAGAAAAAAAAGAAAGAACAAGCUGCCGUCGUCUCUUUUAUCUUAAAAAACUAACAGAAGAGCAACUAAUGAAUUGUUUUUAUUUUAUUUGAAUUGUAAACACCAUUGUACAGGACAGAGGAUGAGAAUAAUAUAAUAUAAGGUAAAGUAUUCAUUUAAAUUAGACUCUAUGUGACCAUGUUUAAGUCUCAGCCGCUGAGACAGCACUGUACCGCACGUGAUUUAUACGCACGUGAUUUAUACGCACGUGGAGGAACAAAUGAUCUUCGUUUCACAGCUGAAUCAUUUACACACUUUACACACUUACCCAGACACGCGCGCACACACACACACACACACACACACGUGCGUGUGUUAGCCAUAACCUCACAACACUAGUGAGACACCACUGUUAGAAUUAGCAUUAUCCUCAACACACAGUAUGCAUUUAGAAACCACUUUAUCAUGAUGAGAUGGUGUGUGUGUGUGCGUGUGUGUGUGUGUGUGUGUGUGCGCGAUGCAAUGCAAUGUCUCUCUUCCCUGUGCCAUUUACAUUUGUACCCCAUGUUUCAGCUGGACUUCGUUACCAUGGUGAUGGUACCAGCAGGCUGGUUUCUUAUGGAGGAACGCUGGUCAUGUGACUUAUAUUAUGUUAACAGCUGGGCUUCAUUCACUUGGUAUGGUCAUGCUAGUGCAGUUAGUACAUGUGUGUGAGAGAGAGAAAGUGGACGCAUUACACACUAGCACACUCUUCAUUAGGUUUGAAGACGUUUGGGACUCAUUUGUGUGUGUGUGUGUGUGUGUGUGUGUGUGUGUGUGUGUGUGUGUGUGUGUGUGUGUGUGUGUGAGAAUAUGCCCUUAUAUGGUCAUAAUAUUUGAAAUGCACUCUCUCUUUGACAAACAGACACACACACACACACACACACACACACACACACACAGUGGCACUUUGAAGAGCGUAUGUUGUACACAGACUUUAUGAAAACAAUGGUUUCAUUCUGACGUAAAUCCACCGACCAAUCACAGGACGGCUCCUACGUAAUCCAUCGCUUCUUGUAUGUGAUUGGACGAAUGGUGUGUGAUGCGUUCUGGCUGUGACAUCACGUCAUCGAUAAAGCACUGAGUUUCACUUCGAUCAACACCAUCGGUCAGUACGGGGGUGUCGGUCACUUCCUGGUCUGGUUUAGCCCCGCCCCAUCCCCCCACCCCCCUUUUGGUCAUUUUUAUAGUGAGAUUAUUUAUUUGUCGAGCGUGGAGACGGUGUUGUAUAGUUUAGCGUAACUGAUUCAGAGCGACUGUAACUUAUUGUUUUUGUACACAGAUCUGUAAAGAGAGAAUGAAGAUGUAAACACUCCUUAAAGAAAAACCUGAAUCUGAACUUUGUGUUGUCCUGAGUGUAAUGUUCGACAUAUUUGUUAAAAAAAUGAAUAAAAAAAGAGUUAAAAAGGAAAUAAAAGGCAAAGUAUUUUCCUGCA